AUGACCAAAUUGCGAAGCAGCAAGAACGAAGAACGCAUUCCGGCGCUGCUGGUGUUGGUGGUGCGGCGACGUAGGUUGUUGGUGGCGGUGAUUGGAGGCGUUGUGGUCUUUAGGUGUCACAAAUCGAUUGCUUCGUGGCAGUUCUAUUCCAUCGCUACGAGUUCCGAUCAAUUUAGUCCAGGUAACGUCGCUCACCACCAUGGUCCAACCCACCGUCGCUCUCCACCACCGAUUGUCCCUACAGGUGAUUCUCCUAGGAACUCAUGGUGUGCGAAUAUAGCUUCAUCUCCUGAUUUCCUUAUUCCAUUCCUUCACUGA